AUGUCUCAACCGGCCCUGAACAAGAUCGCUCACAACAGCCCUUCGAGGCAGAACCCCUCUGAGCUGGAAACCAGCAUCGCAACCGCCCUGUAUGAACUCGAGACCAACAUCCCAGACCUGAAGUCGGCCCUGAGACCGCUCCAGUUUGUCUCUGCUCGCGAGCUCGAAGUCGGCCACGGCAAACGCGCCAUUGUUGUCUUCGUCCCCGUCCCUCUUCUGUCCGGAUUCCACAAGGUUCAGCAACGCCUGACCCGUGAGCUCGAGAAGAAGUUUUCCGACCGCCAUGUCAUCUUCAUCGCUUCGCGCCGCAUUCUGCCCCGCCCCAAGCGCUCCAACCGAUCUCGCACCACGCAGACCCAAAAGCGUCCUCGCAGCAGAACUUUGACCGCCGUCCACAACGCCAUCCUCGAGGAUGUUGUGUACCCCGUCGAGAUUGUCGGAAAGCGACUUCGAACCAAGGAGGAUGGAAGCAAGCUGUUGAAGGUCAUCCUCGACGAGAAGGAGCGUGGUGGUGUGGACUACAGACUCGACACCUACUCUGAGGUCUACCGAAAGCUUACGGGCCGUGUUUGUGGCUUCGAGUUCCCCAUGAGCAGCGGUGCGGAUUACUAG